AUGGAUAGUGGAUAUAUUGCUCACACUGUCAUUCCCGAAAAAGGAAUUACAACAGUCCGUUUUGGGAGUGAUGAAAAGAAAGUUCUAAUUGUUUCUCGUUGCAAUGCUAUAUAUAAUUACACUGUUGGCGAUAAAAAAAGACCUCAUGCCUUUAAAGCUCCAGAUUUUGAUCCUACCGUAGCUAUUUUCAAUGGAGAUGGCAGUACUAUUUAUGGUGGAUCUCUUUCCGGCAAGAUAGCACUAUGGCCAAAUCAUGGACUUACUGUAACUUAUAUAACAGUUGGACAUUCAGGAGCAAUCAAUGAUAUGGCUUAUUCAAAGAAAAGUAAAUGCGUUUUGACCGGUUCAAACGACAAAAACGUUAAAUUAUGGAAUGAUGAGUUGGGAUUUAUCACAUCAUUCAAAGAGCAUCCAUGCCAAGUUACAGCUGUUGCUGCAGAUCCUACAUCAACAAUUGUUGCCUCAGGAGAUUCUCAAGGUAACUUAAUUGUCUGGGAUUCCGCAAAAGUGAUAAAACUAAAAGGACAAAAGGAUCUUUCAUCUGCAGUUCUAUGGAAGAAACUACUUAGAGUUAAAAAACGGUGUGAAAUCUCAUCCAUUUCGUUCGACUUCACAGGAGGUUUCGUAUCUGCAACAACUACUGAUGCGCAUAUUACAGUCUGGGAUGCCAAAACAGGAGAGUUAAUUCAAGCAUACAAUGAAGACUCUAAUUGCUGCACCUUUAGCCCAACAGCGCCAUUUUUAUUGGCUUCAUCAAGAACAAACCAACAAAAAAUAUUCUCUCUUGAAUCAUCAUCACUACUUUACUCAUUUGAAGCUCAUAAAUCACCAGGAAUUGCCUCUGCAUGGUCACCAUCAGGAAAGAUUUUCGUGACAGCAGACAUUGAUGGCGUAAUUAUCAGUUGGAACAUGCCAAAAGAUAAAUUCAAGCCUAUUUGGGUUGAUAAAACAGGUAAUAUUCAAAAAUUACCAAAAACAGAAGUUCAACAGAAACAAGUACCUCCAAAAGCAGAAGAAGAACAACAAAAGCAAUUGCCUCCAAAGGCAGAAGAAAUUAAAUCAGAUAAAGAAGAUGAAAAAAUUCCAGCCAAAAAGGAACAGAAAUCUUCCACAGGUAUAAAAAUAAGGACAGAUGAGCCAGUAGAUGUUAAGCUUGAUGCAAUUUUUAAGCAACUCCAAGAUCUGACUAAUCUUGCAAAUCAGAUGGUUGUUAAAAUCCACGAACAGGACGAAAAAAUCGAAAGCCUUUCCAAGGCAGUAUUUAACAAAUAA